GAAAUUAUCGAAUUAGACUUGGAGAAUUUACCAGAAGAUGGCGAAGAAGUGAUUGCAAUUUUAAGCCAUGAACAAGCAAGACUGCAUUUCUGGAUUGAUGUAGCCUUAGCAUAUCAUCGCCUUGGCAAUGAAGCCGAUUUUGUUCGAAUUUUGGAAACCUGUGGCGCGAAUGCUUGUCUUCAGUACCCGGAAUAUCUUCAAGAUCAGAUGCGAGCCCUUGAUACUCUUGCCGCUUAUUAUGUCGUUCAG